UAUGAAUGUUUUUUUGUCAACACACACAGAGGUGUUUUCAAUGGAUUUCAUCAAUAGGAACCAUUUUGAAAGAAAAGAAAUAAACCCUAAGAUUUUCUUGCAAAAGAGUAUCAUUUUGCUUCUUUCUCAUUGGUAUGCCCUUCAAAUGGCUGUCGAAAACCAAUGGGGGGGUUAUGACUCCCUCCAAAAAUCGCACCAACUUGCCGCUGAUUUAUUCUCAUGGCUCUCCAAAUCCAAUGCAUUGAUUCCUAUUGAAGAUUUAGAAAGCCUACUCCAUGAAUGUAUGUUGCUUACAUUUAACACAGAGAUAGAAGAUGGCAGUAUUGAACAGGUAGCAGAACAAUUGUUAGCUAUCCAUGAAGAAUAUUUGUCUCGUCAAUCGUCAUAGUACUUUAAAGAGCUAGAUUGUGAAGUAGCUAGAAGGUUUCCCCUUCUCAACAAACACAUGACUUUGGUUGCAAAACCACCCUUUUGGACACCUAUAUGCUUUGAAGAUUGAAGUUUAACAAAAAUUAGAGUAAUUUUAAAGAACUUGUAUGUGAAACAAACAAGUGUUGCUUCAAAGUUAAUAUGGAUUGGUUUCAAGUGUGGCCUUAUUGGUAACAAA